AUGGAGGUCUGGUUUCUGUCCAUGUGCUUCUGCCUCGCGGUUGUCUUCCACCAAGCUUCCGCUAUCAGCGGAGGGGCAUCUGUUCUCACUGUGCUGAAGGUUGGAAGAAAAGAGAAAUUCGACCUUCCUGGGACCUUGCCCAACUUGGGCACCUUGAAGACACAGAAGACCUUCCGAAGCCCGCUCGGGUGGAACAGCUGGAGCCACUUCCAGUGCAAUGUCACACAAGACAUUGUCAAGACUGCAGCGGACAAGCUCGUGUCAUCUGGGCUAGCGGCCCUGGGCUACGUCCACGUCAACAUAGAUGAUUGCUGGCAAGCCGACUCUAGAGAUUCUCAGGGUCGCCUGGUGGCAUCUCCGGUUUCCUUCCCUUCCGGCAUCAAGGCGCUAGCAGACUAUGUGCACAGCAAGGGGCUCAAGCUGGGUCUCUACUCCGACUCCGGGAAGCGCACGUGUGCAGGCAAGCCAGGGUCACUCGGGCAUGAGGCGAUUGACGCCCUCACCUUCGCUGAAUGGGGAGUGGACUAUGUCAAAUACGACAGCUGCUACAACGAUGGAACUACCACCAAGAGAGGCCACACGGCCAUGCGCAACGCGUUGGAGGCCACUGGGAGAGACAUCUCGGUCUCCAUGUGCCACGGACAGGACAGCUCUGCUCUGUGGGCGUACGGGUUGGCAGAUCCCUGGCGCACCACCCUUGGCACUGAUGACACGUGGAGGAGCGUGACUUGGGUUUCGGAUGCAAGCAACAAGUGGGCUAAAUAUGCCGACCCUCGCAGCUGGAAUGACCUGGACAUUCUUCAAGUGGCAGAGGGCGGCAUGGGCGAGACAGGGCACCAUGUGCACUUCAAUCUGUGGGCCAUCAUGAAGGCGCCACUCCUGCCGGCCUGCGCUCUCUCUGCUGCAUCACAGCCAGCCAUGAGCAUUCUCAGCACCGACGAGGCCAUUGCUCUCAACCAAGAUUCAUUGGGAGUGCAAGCACAGGAGGUGCAACUAUUCAAGGAAUCCCCAGUGAAGGUCUGGGUGGGGUCUCUAUCUGAGGGUCGGAAAGUGGUGGCAUUGGUGAACCGUGGUGGGAAGAGCGAGAAUGUGACCAUCAGUUGGGAAGAAAUUGGGCUGAAUCCGGAGCAGCGGAUGCAUGCACGAGACCUUUGGAAGGUAUGUGUGUCCGCACUGUCCGCAAGCACCAUGUCUCUAUACUUCCCUGCGUCUCCUUCUCUCUCCUAA